UCGAAAAACAACACACCCGAAAUCAACACCAGCAUGACCUCCAUAGAAGAUACCCGCGCCUCCCUCCAAGCUCAAAUUUUAAAAGCGGAGCAGCACCUCCUCCAGCUAAAGCAGCAACUCGCUGAGAUCGACCACCAAGCCUCCCAAGAUAACACAGACACCGCAACGCCAUCUUCUAGUGCGGCUACGACGACUGAAAGUUCGGAUUUCAACAAUGGCGUUCGAGAGGAUUUUUGGAAGCGCAAGUGGCCUUUGCAGCAGGAUGAGUAUCGGCGCUAUGGGCGACAGAUGAUCGUUGAACAGAUUGGUUUGCAAGGGCAACUCAAGCUUCGGAAUGCGGCAGUUCUCAUCGUCGGCGCAGGCGGCCUUGGAUGUCCUGCAGCGAUGUACCUUGCCGGCGCCGGCGUGGGCACCCUUGGAAUCAUCGACGGGGAUACGGUUGAAGCUUCGAACCUGCACCGACAGAUUCUACAUCGGACCAAAAAUGCCGGAAAAUAUAAGGUGGAUAGCGCAGUUGAAUAUUUAGAAGAACUAAAUCCGCAUCCCAAGUAUAUUCCCUACCGGACCCGCCUAACACCGCACGAAGCUCCAGAUAUUUUCGAAAAGUACGAUGUUAUCUUGGACUGUACGGAUAAUCCGGCCACAAGAUACUUAAUCUCCGACACGGCUGUGCUGCUCGGAAAGCCAGUAGUAUCUGCGUCGGCCCUUCGGACUGAGGGCCAGUUGAUGAUCCUAAACUACCCUCCGAGGUCACCGGGAGAUAUAUCAGGAGGCUCAUGCUAUCGCUGCGUUUUUCCCAAGCCUCCGCCAGUGGAUUCCGUCAUAAGCUGCGCAGAUGGAGGAAUCAUUGGGCCCGUUGUGGGGCUCAUGGGUGUGAUGCAGGCUCUGGAAACGAUUCGAGUCAUCGCUUCGCCUAUGACGGCCGAAACGGGUGAACAAUCAAUCGUUCCAUCUCUUCACCUCUUCUCUGCAUACUCGACACCGCCGUUUCGCAAUAUUCGACUACGCAAGCGUAGGGCAAACUGCAGUGUCUGCUCCGCAAACCCGUCCAUCACCCUCGAGUCGUUACGCAGUGGCUCGACGGACUAUGUUCAGUUCUGUGGCUCUUUGAACCCGCCAUCCCUUCUCGACAGUAACCAGCGCAUUACACCAACGGAAUACAUCCAGGCCCAACUGACUAGAACGUCUUGCAAGGAAACGGUAGAGGAGCCAAUCCUUAUCGAUGUGCGAGAGAAGGUGCAAUACGAUAUAUGUGCCCUUCCAAAUAGCAUCAACAUACCGAUCUCGCAGAUAUUAUCAUCUUCCAGCCUUACUAGUACGCAAAACCUCGGGAAGCAAUCCGCCGAUCAGCCUUCCUGGCUUCCAGUGUCAAUAUUUAACUCUUCCGAUGCAGUGUACAUUGUGUGCCGACAAGGAAAUGAUUCUCAAGUUGCAGUUCAGAAAUUAAGGGAAUUGGGUAUCGAUCGAAACGGAGAAAGGACUAUUGCUGAUAUGAAAGGUGGACUCAAGGCGUGGAGACGCGACGUUGAACCGGAUCUUCCGGACUAUUGA